CGGAACCGUUUUGCGGCGGAUGCGGAAGAAAAGUCGGACGGAAAACGUUGUUGCACGGCGUGAUGGCGCUGUUCCUCGAGACCUCCAGAGUGUUAGUGAGGAGUGUUAAAGACCUGAGACCCCUGACGGCAAAACGACACCGAGUGAAAGGGAAAUGGGCUGCCACACUCCCCAAACACCCUCCCACCAGGCUGGCUCUGCAGCAUUUUGAUGCCACCUACGGCGCCCAGCUGGGGCCGCUGUGGCCCUCAGUCCGGGUGGCCCUGCUGUCAGAAAGAAAGUACGGCGCCCUGUUCAAUAAUUUCUCCCAUAACCCACAUCUGGAAGAACUCGUAGCUCAGGGAUGCAGAGACUUUAUUAGCGAUGGAGCGGCCGAGGCGUCCUCCCAGCCCGACUCCAGCGGCGUGUCCACGGCGACUGCUGGUGUUGGUAGUCAGCAGCAGCCUCCUCCACGGCUCAGUCCUAACAUAAAGUGCUUCGUUUUUCCAAGAGGAGACGUCACGCGGUUCAAGCCUGCGAGACCCGACAAGUUUGGCCUGUUGACUUACUACCUGAUGGACGCAGCGUCAGUAUUGCCUUGUCUUGCGCUGGACGUUCAGAAGAGUCACGCGGUUCUUGAUCUCUGCGCUGCCCCCGGCGGGAAGAGCCUGGCUUUACUCCAGACUCAGUCAGUCAGGUUUCUGUGCCUCAAUGACUCGUCGGCGUCCCGAACGUCUCGAUUGAAGAGGGUUCUGCACGGCUACGUUCCCAAAGAGCUUCUGACCGACGACCAGCUGCGCGUCACCUCGUUGGACGGCACCAUGUGGGGGGAGGUGGAAAGGAACUCUUUCGACAGAGUACUUGUUGACGUUCCCUGCACCACAGACAGACAUUCCCUCAUGGAGGACGACAACAACAUAUUCAGCCGGAGCCGGGUCGGGGAAAGGCGGAGCCUACCGCAGCUGCAGGUGGAGCUUCUGCUAGCGGGAAUCCUCGCUGCUUGUCCUGGAGGGGAGAUCGUGUAUUCCACCUGCACCCUCUCUCUCAACCAGAACCUGGGUGUGGUUGAACAAGCUAUUCAGCUAGCUGAGGAGAACCACGGCAUCCAGCUUCAGGUUGUCAGUCUCCAACCUCUGGUGCAGAUGUUUGGCAACACUUUUCACUUUGCUCCUGACCUCCACCUGGGUGAGAUGGUCAUCCCGCACUUAGCUGCUAACUUUGGACCCAUUUACCUGUGCAAGCUGAGGAGAGUCACGUAAACUGUGCUUUGUGGGAAUGAAAUGCAAAACAGACAAUUCCACAUGUUCCUGGUGUGCACCGGGAAGACAGUCAUUGGCAGACCUGGUGGAUAGCAUCUGCAGUGCUCUUUUUCUCCUGUAGAGGUCCACAGUGACUAAGGCACACGGUGUCUUCUUUAUUCUGUGGCCACCAGAGGGCGCUAAUGUGUGCAUCUGGGUUAGAAGAUCUCAGGACGCCUGUCCUCCUGGACUGUCAGGAAACACAUUUGCAUCAGCGUCUGACUCCUCAGCGAAGACACUUCUGUCCUCUGGUUAUUCGUCAGGAAUGAUGGCUUUGCCUCAUAAUGCUGCAUGUUUCUCCAUGGAAGGAGAAGAUAAUGAAAAGGCAGGCGAACUUAUUUGACCAUUUAGCUUCUCACAUCUGAAUCUGCGCAACUUCCAUUACUCCAGCCAGGCUGAUUCCAUUUUGCAUCAGCAUCAGUCAGAGGUGAAGCGCUUCCUCUCAUCACUGCCUAAUGUGAGCGUGCAGGGGCCUCUGCUGCCAUCAAACCGCCGAUGACCCUGGGUGCUGUCCUGGCCAGGCAAUGUAGCGUGAAAAAGGUGCGCGUGUCUGUGUGUGAGAGAAUAUACAUCUAAUACUGUAUAUUUGUGUGUCAGAUGAAUCCACAUCCCAUUGUCGUUAAGCUGCUCCGCAUGCAGGGACGGGUGGCAGCCAUGCGGCUCCCAGAUGAACAUUAAAGAGGCAGCAGAGAGCUAAAAUGGGACAGCUCGCCCUCUCUUGCCCCGCCGCUUUUUUAUUCCACAGAUGAGUGCAGAUAAUUUUCUGUGCGAUUGUGAGUGAUUACUGUAUUACUGUGGCAAAAGGGGGAUGUACCGGGGAAUGCAGAGGGAAUUAAUGACACAUAAAAACUAUUUUUGUACCGACUGCGUUCGUCCCCAGGCCCUUGGAUGGCUCCUCGCACAUCUUGUGAUUACCUAAACGUAUUGUAAAUAUGUGUUUCCGAUGGGCUCCUCCAUAAAUUUACAUGUUUUAGCACUCAGGAGAUGGCAGACUGUUAGAGAUGAGUUACUCUCUAUUCUGGCUGUCUGAAGACUCGUCUGGCUGCCUGCUUUAUUAUUGAAUUAACCAAUGAAGCGCUGUGCAUUUGUGUCCAUGUGUGUAAGCCUGUGUUAGCGAGACAUGCUGUGUAUUAAAAAGAUGAAUAUUAUGGAUUUAACUGCGCAGCCUUGCUUCUGUUAUGUUUUCAAAUACGAUGCUCUCAAUAAACAUGUAAAACACCC